AUGAGCGCUCCUGAUUGGCUCCUCCCCCUGUCGCUCGCCCUCGCCGCGCUCCUCCUCUCUCUCCUCGUCGGUUUGACCUUUUACUGUCUGAGGAGGAAGAGCCGAUACCGGAGCCGAUACCAGGAGCUGAUGAGCGGCGCGGCCCCGGUCCCGGCGAGUACGGCUCCUCUGGUGCUCGUGUCUCAGGGCGUCGCCUCCGUACCUGAAAUCCCCUUUGAGAUUCCUCCUCGGUUCGUCUCACACAAACCUGAAGAUCCCAAAGAACCAGAACCAAGACCAGGACUAGAACUGGAACCAAGACCAGAGUCAGGACCAGAGUCAGGACCAGAGUCAGGACCAGAGUCAGGACCAGCCCUGGACCAGAAGAAGGAGGCCCAGACCCACCGCGGGUCCCUGAGCGUCAGCAGCUGGUAUCCUGUCGGCUCCCUCCUCUCCUCCCUCUAUUCCUCCUCGUCUCCUCCGUCCUCGUCUCCUCUCUCCUCGUCUCCUCCGUCCUCGUCUCCUCUCCUCUGUUUCUCGGUGGAGUACCGACAUCGUUCGGAGCAGCUCCUCGUUUCUCUUCUUCGUUUGUCCAAUCUUCCUCUGUGUUUUCACUCGAGUCCGACUCUGAUCGAGCUCCGGCUCCUCCCGGACGAGCGGCGCCCCCAGCAGGUCAAAGCCCGAAACACCGGCGCCCACCCGGACUUCCACCACUGCGCCGUCUUCCAGGAGGUCCGGUCCGUGGGGGAGGUGCUGGUGUCGUUGAGUUUCUCUCCUCACAGACUCAGUGUGGGCGUCGCCCGAACCCGAGGACUCAACCUGGACCAGAACAAAACCUCAGGGUUCGUGGUCCAGGUCUCGGUCCAGGUCCAGUCUCAGGUUCGGUCCAAACAGGGUCCGGUCCUCGAGUCCGAAGACGAUCCGAGUCUGAACCAGAAACACUCGUUUAAAGUGAAACAAAACCAACUGGAGCAGAGCUGCGUGACAGUCCAAGUACUGCACAAAGACAAGGCCACAGACUCGUGUGUCCCGGUCGGGGCCGUGGUCUUGGGGCCCUUCAUGUUUUCUCGGGGCCCUCAGCUCUCUCACUGGAUGGACUUUGUGUCGGCUCCAGCAGGGGGCGUCGUGGAGCGCUGGCAUCCUCUGGGGCCCUGCUCUGACUUAUAA